AUGGCUGGACGGACUGAAAACCUCCAUAUUGAUAUGCCUGGUGUUAGAGCGAAAGCAGCCAAAUCCAAGGUCGUAGCCGAUUCAUGGGAGGAUGAGGAUGCAGAUCUGGAUGCGAUGACGCCAACUGAUCCUUUGAGCCCAAGUCUACAACCAGUGCAGUCGAAUGCUGGUCCUAGUCCUCCACCACCGACACCCAUCUUCCCAUCAUCUGGACAAAGUUACGAUUGGGCCGCUGCAGGUGUCCUCGGUGGUGGCCGUCCCCAGCCUCGGUCAUUAUCUGGCCAAGAUACGCCGCGAUCUGAGAGUGAGAGACGGCCAGAGAAAACUACAGCUGCCGCAAGUCGCAUGAUCGCCGCUGGACUGGGCGUCAAAGCGCCGAAAAAGACCGAGGAGCAGCGACAAUAUGACCGAGCCACGAGGGAGCAGGAGAUCAAGCGCAAAAACCGAGAGAAGGAGGAGAGGGAGCGUGAACGGCGCGAAGAUGAACGGGCAAAGGCUGCUGUAUGGGAUGCAUGA